AUGGUGCCAGCAGAUAUCGAAAACUGUCGCGAAGUUUUGGAUCUUUUUGACGGUAAUGAAUGUUUUGAAUAUGAUCAAGAACUUUUAGAAGACACUCAAAAAAUCUUUUAUUCAGUUGAUGAUGCCAUAGACGAAGGGGAGAGAAUGAUGGUUAAGAAUUGGAGAGACGCUGAUGAUGCACCUGACGAUAUUAGGGACUUGUCAAUUUUUCCAACCACGGAAGACAUGGAAGAAAACUUUAAGCCAUUUCUAAGAGCUAAUAAAGUUUCCGGAUCCUACAGAAAUAAAGAACAUUAUUUAGAUGUGAUGUUUCGGUUGUUGAGAGAGGACUUCAUUCAGCCACUUCGCGAAGGUAUCAGUGAGUACAGGCAACAUGGUGCUUCAGGUUCUGAAAUGUUGUACUAUGAGAACACCCAUAUAGUGGGAGUAAAUGUUUUUAACGGCAUUGAGCAUAUCCUUCUUCUAGACUUGGAAAAACUAAAAACUGUGAGGUGGAAUACCGAAAAACGUCUCAUCUACGGCAGCCUGGUUUGUUUAUCUAAAGACAACUUCCGGUCAAUCAUCUACGCGACCGUCUCGCAGAUGGAUAGAGAGGAGUUAAAACGAGGCGUGCUGAGGGUCAAGUUCCAGAACUGUCUUGGAGACGUUUACAGAUUUUCAGUGGAAGAUAGUUUGACAAUGACAGAAAACCCUUCGUUUUUCGAAGCUUAUCGUCACGUGUUAGAGGGUUUACAGGAGAUGGUAGGCAAAAAUCUUCCCUUUGAGGAUUACAUAGUAUACGGCAAAGAAGACGAUAUUGAUCCACCGCCAUAUUUAAGGACAUCAACGCGCUAUGACCUAUCGUGUAUGCUGAAAGAUGGUGGAUGUCAGCGUAAUUACAGGAGACGAGACAACAGCUUUCCUGUACUCGAGACACAUCGGUGGCCAAAGGGGAAUGCAUUAUGUGUAAACAGUCAACAAAGGGACGCAAUCCUAAACGCCGUAACCAAAGAACUUGCUUUGCUCCAGGGCCCCCCUGGAACAGGUAAAACGUUUGUUGGACUUAAAAUUAUGAGAAUCCUAUUGGAAAACCUGUCCAGUGGCCAAGUACAAUCAGACCCAUUUGGACCGAUUCUUGUCGUUUGCUACACGAACCACGCCCUUGACCAGUUCCUGGAGGAGAUGUUAGAGUUUUGUCCAGACGGUAUUGUCAGGGUAGGCGGGAGAAUGAACUGUGAAGCCUUGCAGAAGUUUAACCUCAGUGGACUCAGGGGAAAGCAGAACAUUUCGCUCAGCGCCAGAAACAGUUUAAAAGAUUGUUAUCGGGAAAUGGAUAAACUGGGCAGAAAAAUCGAGGAUUUGGUUAUUGAAAUGCAAAAUAUUCAGUUAGUUAUACAAGAUGAAAGAUUGCUUGGUCGUUUUAUGAGCUCUACCCACCAAGGGCAGUUAGGUGCAGGAAUCCAUGCUUGGCUGAACGCUUCUAAAGUACAGUUGGAGCAGCAGCUGAUCAAAGCUGUAGAAUAUCAUCUUGUCCAACUGUAUAUGGCUGAAACAGAAUCACUCCCUGAAUCAGAUUUAGAUUUUCGGUUUUCGAUCCCUGCCUCAGUUAAAAGAAAAGUUUUCCGUUUCUGGCAUAUGAAGUAUAAAAACAAGUAUGGCCAACCAAGGAUGACUGACUCAAUAGAGGAGAUCGUUCAGCGUGUCAUUUCCCAACCUGUGUUGAACAAAAUAACCAGGAUGGGUCUCAGUAUUCGAGAUUGGCUGUUGGGUAAAAACAUAGAGGAAAUGCUCGACAAUAUCGAUGAAAUUCAGACAACACAUUUGAAGGGAGGCACAGUUCAUUUUGACGACGAAGAGGAAUAUUCUCAAAUAAGAGAUCAGAGAGUUUUUGGCAAUGAAGUUGACGAAGAAAGUUCAAGGCAGAAGCAGAUUGAGGGAAAGUUGACGAGUUUACAGAGAGCUAAGUUGAUGGGAGUGGACAUAACCUAUGACGUAACCCAAACAAACGAAACACGCAGUUGGGAUGUUGAUUCAAAGGCUUUAUCGUUCGGGCAAGUAGUAAAAAAACUAAAAGCUGCAAAGCCAAUGACAGAAGACGAAGAACGGAGAGUACGUGGUAUUUGGAGCCUGGACAUGCAUGCGCGGUACAGUUUAUAUAAACUUUGGAUAAAUAGACUUUUAGAAUCUUUGAAUAGUGAGAUGAAAGAUUUGAUAGACGCUUAUGAAAAUGCUCUUGAUAGGAAAAAUGAAGUGAAUUUAAUACAGGAUGUUAAAAUUUUAGAAAAUGCACAAGUGAUUGGAAUGACGACCACGGGUGCAGCCAAGCACAGAAAACUUUUACAGGCCGUUAAACCCAGAAUUGUGGUGGUGGAGGAGGCAGCAGAAGUUCUUGAGGCCCACAUCGUCACGGCUUUAAGCGAACACUGCCAGCAUCUGAUCCUCAUUGGCGACCACAAGCAGCUGAGGCCGAAAACGGAAGUCUAUCAACUGGCACACCACUACGGGCUUGACAUUUCCUUGUUUGAACGUCUCGUGAACAAUGACUUCUGCUGCGUACAACUCACGGACCAGCAUCGCAUGAGACCGGAAAUUUCCGUGUAUAUGAAACACAUUUAUCCCAACCUCAGAGAUAGCGCAUCUGUUAUGGAUAGAUCAGACAUUAGAGGAAUGGAAAAAAACAUUUUCUUUAUUAACCACAAACAACACGAGCGUCCAGUUGAGCAGAGCAAAAGUAGAGUGAAUGAAUACGAAGCUGAUUACUUGGUUGAGCUAGCCUGUUAUAUGCUCGACCAAGGCUACUCUCCUGACGACAUUACCAUCUUAGCUACGUAUGGUGGUCAGGUGGCCCUCAUCAAGGAGAACAUUGACCACACAGACGAUGACGAAUUGAAAUGUAUUCAUGUUUCAACAGUAGACAACUUCCAGGGUGAGCAAAAUACAAUAGUUCUGUUGUCGCUAGUCAGGAGCAACUCUCAAGGUGAAGUGGGCUUUCUGAGCACAGACAACAGGGUAUGUGUGGCUCUAUCCAGGGCGCAGUACGGCCUGUACGUUAUUGGAAACUUUGAUCUUUUGGCCUCGAAAAGCAAGUUGUGGAGAUCCAUAAAACAGACGGCAGAAAGUCGAGGGGAUAUGGGUCAAGAGCUGAGACUCAGAUGUCAAAGACACCAGCGUAUUACUGUUAUAAAAGACGUGAGUGGUUUUAGAAGUGUUGAGAAUGGCGGAUGUGGCGGGAAAUGUUUGAAGAGGUUGAAUUGUGGUCACGUGUGUCGCCGCAGUUGUCACGGGGUGAGCCACAAUGUCUACAGGUGCAACCAUCCCUGCAUGAAUACCUGCGACUGUGGUCACCCCUGUGAGAGGGAAUGCUGGGAGCCAUGUCAUGACGUCUGCAGUGAAUGUAUGUUUACACAGUUUGAACGGUUUUAA